AUGAGCUUUGAACAAGUCCUUGGAUGCUUACUGGAAAACCCUCAAAGAGAUUCUAUUUUUAAUUUUAACCAAUCAAAUACAAAGGACUCCCUCUACAAAUCCUUCAUUGGCCCUUUUGCGCCUGAUUUCUUUGGCGUUACCGGCGAUCAUCUCGAUAUUGGCGCUAAUGAAAGAUUCAAUGAGCUGCAGAAUAAGUUCCUCGGGGGGAGAAGAGGCAGAUCUCAAUUUGAACCAUGUGGUUAUGUUUUUAAGAAGGGUGACGUCGUUUACAGGUGCAAAGACUGCGCUAUAGAUCCAACAACUGUGUUUUGUUCACGCUGCUUUCACGCUACUCACCCUCAAGAUUCCCCCGAUCACCCUUUCAGUAAUCACCAGAUCAGCUUCAGCCUUAUGACAGCUGGUGGUUGUUGCGAUUGUGGCGAUCCUGAAGCUUGGAGAAUCGAUCCAGGAAGACCCGCGCACUUGGAUGAACCAGACAAUGUGAAUGUUCACCUUCCCGAAGAAUCCCUCCAAAGAGCACGUCUCUACGUUUCUACAAUCAUUAAAUUCAUUAUUGACACUAUUGCUCAUUCCCCGACCGAAUUCACCCCCCCUACCAACAUUCCUCAGGUCAAGUCACUCCCUACACUUAAACCUGAAUCUCAAUCUGAGCCUGGCCCUUGGUCUGUCGUCUUGUGGAACGAUGAACGCCACUCUUUCGAUGAAGUUAUUGAGCAAGUUUCCCUGGCUAUUGACUGCUCUCACUCUACAUCUAGAACAGCUGCAGAGCACGGUAGAGAAGUACUUAAGUCAUCCAGCGAUAUCAACGCUCUAUUGAAAGUUGCUGUUAUUAUCAACUCCAUCGAUCUCGCUGUCACGAUCAGGCCAUCUCACGACACUUAUCUUGAAGAUAUUUGUCAUCUUCUUCUCGAAUUUCUAUUCGAUCUCUGCCACUCAAGACCUCAAGAGUUGAGAUUGAUUGUAGCAGAAGAGCUGCUCAAGGUUUCUACAUCAACCCACAUUGAUAAAAUCACCAAAGACAAGCGUCAGAUGACUAAUUUACAGUGCUUAUUCUUAUUGGAGUCCAGAAUGUGGAAGAGAGCACGUAAAUUGUUCAGGGAUAUGCUUGUCGCUUUGUUGGGUGUAAACCAAGACGUUCGUUGUCGUGUUGGCUUGCAGUUUGCUUUGGUCUACAAGAACCUGGUUGAAAGCUACUUAUUACAAGAUCACGAACCAGAGCUCUCCGCUUUAUUGUUCUCCAUUCAAGUUUUUACAACACCAUCUGUUGCAUCGUUGAUAUGUUUCAAUUCAGAAUUUCACGCCAACUCACUACUAACGACAAUCCUGCAUCUUAUUUAUGCCUUCUUGACAGAGCAGAGAACUUCACCUAAACAGAUUAAACUAGUUGACAAAAUAAGCAAUGAUAUCAUCGACUGCGAAUCUACUUCAAUCAGACACAAGCGAUACCUGAAUAUUAUCCAUGACCUCAAGACGCUUUUAACUAAUGAAGCCGUUGUUGAUGAGCUGCCAAAAAGGAUGGACUUGUUGGACGACUUUAUUCAAUUCUUCAUUCCCUUCACAGAUAUGAACCAGUUCCAAAGAGCCGUUCAUGAGCAUGUUGAAUACGAAUCUGACGCUUGGAUUAAUGCCUUUAAUUGCACUAUACAAUUGACCAAAGUGACUAACGCGCUCGGUGACCUGUCGUCCAACUUCACUCCUAUUCAACUGGUAACACUGAUCAAGCACAUUUUGGAUGGUAUUGCUAAAACUAUGCACAGACCAACAUUCUCAACCAAAGAAGCUGGUAUACAAUUUGGUGGACAUGCGUAUGACGUAAUUGACUAUAGUGUCGCCUAUGAAUCAGUUAGUUUCCAUCAUCCACUACACUGGUGGCUCGGAAAUCUUCUGAAGCAUGUUCAAAUUCUAGGUCACUUUUAUCCCGAAGGUGUCAAUACACGCGAGCUGCCUCUCAUAUUCGGCGAACGUGCCAGGAACAAUCUCUUACCUGCAGUUGCCUUCUUUGAGCAGCCAAUGAGAGUUUGUGCAUUUGUUGCUCAAGCUCGUUGUGGAUUGUGGGUUCGCAAUGGCUUUUCUGUACGUGGUCAAGUACACCACUACCGAGAAAUCACGUUCAGAGACAACACCUACGACUUGGAUCUCUUCAACGUUCAAAUUAUGUUCACUAUCGUCGAUGCCGAGCAAGCAUUGGUGUCACUGCUGACGAAAUUCGACAUGCUCACUUGGUUUGAAGGUUAUGUUUAUCACUCAGUGUAUGACGAAAAGCAAACACCAGCAAUGGCUGAAGAGUUUAUUCUAUUGCUGAUCGCCUGUCUGACAGAGCCAACGAACAUUGGUGGAUGGUCAAAGGAGAAGCGCAUCGAAAGAUCACUGAUACACGCACUCUGUUUUGGUCCAUCAACAUAUUCUGAAUUUACUAGAUUAAUAUCAGAUACUUUGGUAGACGAUCCUGCGUUCGAUAGGAUACUCAACAAAGUUGCCAAGUUUAGAUCACCCGAUGGUACUUCUGAUUAUGGAACAUACGAGCUGCGAGACGAAUACUUUGAACAUGUUGACCCAUACUAUAUGAACUUUACGAGGAACAUGCGCGAAGCAGCUGCGACGUCAUUGCAGAAGUUUUAUAAGCGCAUCGGAAAAGAGAAUGCAAUACACAUUCCCAAGAAGCUCGAUGUGCCUACGAAUGGACCGUAUAAUUCCUUCAUUGGUGUAUACAAGACAGAGGUAUUCCAACAAAUUGUAUACGCGUCAUUGUUUAACGCCUUCAACGAGAGAGAUGAGCAGGGCAGACCAGCUGCAUCAUUCACUCGUGAUAUACUAAUUGAAGCAGCACUGCAUCUUAUUAUGUGUGCUUUGGUCGAAGCCAAGACCAUCUUUGCAAAGCUCGCUGGUUCAAGAAGAUAUCUUAUGCAUUCAACGCUCGUAGAGUUGCUGUGUAAGCACGAGAAUGACCAAAGACUGGUAAAUGUCAAAGGAAGGAUUAGUUGGAUUUUGGAUCAAUUGAGUGAUGUUUGUGGAGAUGCUGUUAGUGCGAGCAGAGAAAUCAUCCAACCAGCUAGUAACGAGCCAAUUGAAGAUCCUGCUGAAGCUCGCAAGACUGCUGCCAAAGCAAGACAAACAGCCAUUAUGGAGAAGUUCGCUAAUCAGCAGAAAAACUUGCUGGAUCAGUUGGGUGAUGAGGAUGAAGAUAUGGAAGAUGAAGACGAUGCAGUAGAGGAUAAUUUGGGUAGUGAUGAUCCGCAUGCAGAUCACAGAGACUUUGGCGACUGCAUAGUCUGUCAGGAAGUUUUGGGUGGGACGUCGUUCGGAUCACUUGCUUUCGUUCAACCAUCAAAGCUACUUAGAAACACUCCAUCACUCGAUCCUAAUUUUGUUUAUGAACCACUUUGGAUGUCGCACGAUCUCGAUAAACGUCCUGAGUCAUCACCUGCAAGUGUUGACAAUCAGUACAAGCAAAGCUUUAUUCAGAGCAAACUAAACAGCCGUUCAACUCAACCAAACACAACAACUCCAGGAUUCUCAUCAGAGCACACCAGAUUGGGCUUACACAUGUCAACAUGCGGACACAGAAUGCACUUAUCGUGUUUCGAGACUUACUUCGCGUCGAGUGUGUCACGCCAUCAGUCUCAAAUCGCUAGAACACAGCCGGACGAGCCUAAGUGGAAGGAGUUUAUAUGUCCGUUAUGCAAAGGAUUAGGUAAUGCUAUCAUGCCAAUCUUUAAACGCCCAAAAGCAGUCUCAAGCAGCCCUAAGAUUACAGAAUGGGUUAGAUCUGUAUCGAUUGAUCUACUCAAAGAUCCAAAAGUAUCGCUUUUGAAUGACUUCCAAGAACAAGAGACUGGUUCUGGUGAAUUUUGGCCUUGGUAUGCUAGAUCUGCUCCUUCAAAGCUGGAUAACAUCGAAAAGAAUCCACAAUCUGCACUUACAGAUAGAUUAAUGGGUUUAAUUAAACCUAUUUCAAUGAAUGCAGAGGAUAUGAGACAAAGCAGUAUUCCAGCAGCACAGGAGUUAUCGAGUGAAGGAAUGUAUCUACCAGGUGAACUUGUCGCAUACACGAUAUCAUCAAUUGAAGUGGCACUCCGUGGUACAGGAGGCAAUGAAAGAUCUGUUUCCGAUCAAGUGAAUGAAUUACAUUUGUUGAUGAUUGAAAGUAUGUUAGGUUGUUUGGAAAAUUUAGCAACUCGUCAUCCGGUACAUCAAUCAAAUGGUCCGCAAAUAAUAGCCAAGGGUAUUUUCCAGCGUAUUUUACCAGAGUUUGGUAGAGAAGAUAAUGUUCGUCAGCCUUUGUUGCUGCGCGAUCCAUUCAGCUUGCUAGUAGAGACAGCAGCAACAGCACCAGAGUCAUUACCACCUAUGAUAACGCUUACUUUCUAUGCUCAAUUAGUCAGAACAGUUAUUGCACUCAUCCAAGCAUCUAGAACAGAUGGUGUUGCAGACUCGCCGUUAUUAAGACCACCAGCAGAGAUAGAAAGGUUACCUGCCAAUGCAGAGCAUAUAUUCGGGAACAUUUCAUCGGUGAUUCAUUAUAUGUUGCAAUCAUUCACUGCUUUAUACAACGAUGGGGAGAGAAUGUUAAAGUUACUCCCAGAUGAGUAUAUAUCCAAGCUCAUGUAUAGCUACAUGCUACCAUUCUUAAGGAGGGUUUCAAUUUUGAAUAGGGUAGUAAGGAAGGCUCCAGUCCUUUUCACCAAGAAGAGUAAUGAAAGUGAUGUUAAGAUGCACGGAAUGAAUGAAGAAGAGAGCGACUGCGAGUUUAUGCGACUAAUGAAAGAGCUAGAGAUAUUACCGCCAAACGAAGCAUUGAAUACAUCUUCAUCGAGACAAACGACAAUACAGAGAAUGGUUGAAGGAUGGUGUUCACAUUUCGGACAUCAUGUACAAGAGCUGAGACCGAGAGACUAUACUUUGAAGCUGGAUUAUCCACAAAUAUACAGACUGACAGCAUUGCCUUAUCAAUUAUCAGCUUUGAUUGAUGAUGUUCUCACGAGAGUAUGUCCAAACUGCAACCAAGUACCAUCAGAUCCUGCGCUAUGUUUGCUUUGUGGGGCAUCACUUUGUCAUCAGUCGUUCUGUUGUCAUGACCAGUCGACCAAGGUUGGUGAAUGCAACACACACAUGAAGAAAUGUGGCGGUGUAGUCGGAGCAUAUUUCAUGCCAAAGAAGUCAGCAACGUUCUACCUAUACGAUAAUAAGGGAUCGUUUGCGCAACCACCAUAUCUGGAUGCGCACGGUGAAGUAGAUAUUGGUAUUCGUCGUGGAAAACCACAAUACCUGCAUAAGCGAAGAUUAAAUGAGAUAUACAGAAUAUGGGUUAAUCACCAGAUUCCAUCGUGGAUUGGACGCAAGUUGGAUCUUGUUAGUGAUCAGGAAAUUCAACCAGGCGGUGGCUUGUUGAUUGCAUGGCAGCUGAAGGAAAAGAUUGUCGUUUUGAUCGGUGGUGGUGAAGUUGCUGCUGGUCGUAUCGUCAAUCUCUUAAAUGCAGACGCGAAAAUCAGAUUAAUUUGCCCAAGGAAUGGAUUAAACCAAGAAGUCGCUUAUCGAGUUGAUUCUGGUCAAAUAUUUGAUUACGUCGAUAGACAGUUUGAAGACGCGAAUGAUUUCAAGGAUGCAAAUAUGGUGUUGACAGCUAUCGACGAUGUAGAAACUUCGAAGCACAUAUAUAAUAUAUCAAAGUCGCUCAAUAUCGCUACAAAUGUGGCUGACAUACCACCAAAUUGCGACUUCUACUUCGGUUCUAUAGUCAGAAGAGGUCCACUGCAGAUAUUGAUAUCUACCGGUGGUCAGGGACCUAGAAUAUCAGCCAAACUAAAGGGUAUCGUUGAGAAUGCACUGCCAAAGACUAUUGGACCUGCGAUAACCAACGUAGGUAGUUUGAGAAAAAAACUUCGAGCAAUUGAGCCAACAGUUGGCGGUAAGCCUGGCGUUAAGCGGAUGAAAUGGAUGAUCAAAGUCUGCGACAAUUACAGCUUUGAUGAGCUCGCAGAAAUGUCUGACAAAGACCUUGAGCACAUAUUGGAGGGAUACGACAAGGAUCAGAUACCCAAGGCACAUUCAUUGACAUUAAGCAAAGCAGCCUCUGUAUUCAAGUCUUUCGCACCAGUCUUAAUGGGAAUGGUAAUAGGAUCUUCGCUGACUUUAACUUAUCUUUCACGCCACAAAUAG